AUGUCAAAUGUCAGCUGUUAACUGUCAAAAUCAAAUUGUGGGAGGUGUUUUGGAGUUGUUUCUAGUUAAAAAACGAUGAAUUUUUACAAGUCUUGGUAGAAAAAGUUACAAAAAUGAAUACUAGAUCGAUUUAGAUUUAAAUUUGGUGCUUUUUUGGCUUGUAGCGCUCGGUCGGUAACUAACCUUAAAAUGUCAUUCUGACGGCUGACUAAACCAAAUUUCUCUGAAGAAAUAUCACCGAAAUGAAACAAAAUUAGCUUAAUCUCAUACAUAUUUUGUAAUUUGAAAUGAAAACAAAUCAAUAAAGUGGAGUCUGGCUCGUUGCGCUUGCGCAUUUCCGGUGCUCAACAAAACAUCAAUUUGACAAGAAGAAUCACUAAAAAUUCUGGUCACAAAAAUAGAAUUGUGUCGAUUUCCGUUGUGUUAUAAAAUGCGUACAAGUCUUGAAAAAUCGCGUCAUUGUCCACAAUGUACGUACGUCAGGUUCUCUAAUACGUAAACGGCAACUUCUAAAUAAACCAAAAAGGGUUUUUAAAUCGGAAAAAAUGGGUUCGCCGUCGAUUCCGGCCCUUUUGGUGACGGCAAACGUAGGCUCGAUAUUCGAAGACCCCUCUGAAAUGCUCAAGAUUUGGACGGAAGAAUUCCUCUCUACUGUCGCGAAACUAGACCCAAAAUUCAUUGCGCUCCACUGCCAGGAAGUCGGCGGGAAAAAUUACGAGAACAGCAUGAAACACGUCGAGCAUUUUGUGAAAUUACUCAUGUCCAGCAACGAAUUGAGGCUUUUUGACAAGAUCAGGAUAUUUCUGGAUGAAGACUACAGUUCUGCUGAAAAUUUCACUGCUUUGGGAAAUCUCUAUUUUAUUCAUGAAUCUGUUGAGAACGUUCUCAUUUGGGACUUUAACGACGUGAAAUUCGUUCCAGUCAGUGAUAAACAAGUCCACUCCGGCAAUAUCGAAGCCGUCGCGACUAAAGAAAAAGCUAAAUUCCCUCAGGAUUUUUUCCCAGAGUGCAAAUGGUCACGAAAAGGCUUUCUUCGCACCCGUUGGUCCCUCAACGGGACUGUUGUGGACCUAAUCAAUAUACAUUUAUUCCACGACGCGUCCAAUUUUAUCGCCAUGGAGAGUUACCCUUCUGUUUAUUGUAAAAAUCGGCGUCGGGCCCUUGAACACACCCUUAUAAGAUUUCAUAACGAUCGUUACGGGAAAGCCCCAUAUUUCGUUUUUGGCGAUUUCAACUUUAGAACUGACACGGAGGGCGUUAUUAAAAAAUUGACAGAAGGGCUAACAACCACAAGACUUCAAAAUAAUAAAAAUAAUGAUUACACUAAGCUCCAGUUUGCAAACGAGGACAGUCAGCUUGUCUUAACCGUUGGUAAAAAAGAAUUCAACCAUUUGGACCACCAGAAAGUUUUCCUGACACCGUCACCCACUUGGUUGAAAACGUUUGAUAAGGAGUUGGAGGCGUUUGAGAAAUACCUCACCGAGUACCCAAUAAACUUCCCACCGUCGUACCCAUUUGAGGAGAAUAUAUCUCACGCUCGGAGCUACAUGCAGACAAGAUGUCCAGCCUGGUGCGAUCGUGUUUUGUUAAGUCAUACUGCGAAACAAUUGGUCGAUGAAGAAGAAAAAGUCGAGUACGGCCUCAUGGGUUUGGAUACAUGCAUGGGUGACCACAAGCCGGUCUAUCUCCGUGUGGAGCUGAAAUUGAACUCAGGUAUAGUUAAAUGUUGCGAGCACGCCCCUUACGAAUGCUUGCCUGCUACUUGCCAGUGUUGCCAAACAUUUGCUUCCGUAACAAUAAACAUAGUAGACAUGUGCGAUUAUAGUCGAAAAAGUUACCCGAACGUGACGAUCGACUCGCAACUGUUGCACGAACCAAUCACACGUGACAUGCUCUCGCACGAACCAUACACGCCGGAAAGUGCCGAAUCGCGUUCGCCGAUACCCGAAGAGAAAAUCAAAGACGAGGCGGAACCGGUGUCGGCCGCUCAACUAAAGAGACGACUUGAGUAUAUCUUGAGUUUGGAACGUAAGUUUCCGAUGACACGAUCGGAAUCGGCGAACGUCGAGAUGCGCGCCUCCAACGGGAAUUUUUUCAGGAACAGAGCCAUGUCUGAGGUGCCCCGAAUGAGGAGGAUGAGACUGAUCUCGACGACGAGCGCUAGUUCGAUACACAGGUAUCAGAGCCAUCAUAGUUCCUCCGACGAGGAUUGGUACGAAUUCGAGGAAGAGACGGGGAGUAAGUGUAGCAGCGAAGAUAGGCAAUCCGAUCGAAAAUCGGACAUUUUCGACGAUAUUAGGCUCGAAAAGACAACGAAAUUUAAGGAUAGGAGGCGGAAUCGAAUGAAUUGUUGUAGUGUGAUGUAAUGGCAUUUGCUCGUGGCUGUUUUGUUGUUUAGUGCUUGUGUGUGAAAAGUGCACGCUAUUAUAAUUUUUUUUUGAUUUUAGAUGUUUUCUUUUUUGAUUGCUCAAUUGUUGAUUAUUUGUUAACGAUGUUAUUUCUGAAACAGGCCUGACCUUAAGUGCGACGAAUAGUUUAAAAAUUACUGACACUAAAGUGACCAAAGUUCAAGACAAAGUGGAUCCAUGCACAAGAUACAUUUACAUCCAAAAUAUCGAUAAUCCCGUUAAAAUUUUUAAAGAAACCGCCGU